AGUUAAUGUACACGUAAAUUAUCAGUACUCCAUCAUCUUAAAAAAAAGUCAGUUCACCAACUUUCAAGAGCAACUUCUUAGCCGGAGUUUUGCUCCAGGUACAAAUGCAGCACCCCAGCAGUUUCAAUUCUUGAGCAAUCCACUGUAAAAGUAGAAAACAAUCAGUUGCCUUAUGUUUGCCUGAUAGUAUAUGCAGUGUCCAUACUCAAGCUUUGUUCUUCAACACCUUGGUAGGCUGGAAUUGAUUUGACGGGUCUAUACCGAUCCGAGAAUUGACAGCGCUUGCAGUUAUCGCUCCACCAGAAAGAGGUAUGGCUCAUCUCUUGGGAGGAUUCGCCCCUCCACUCACCUUCAAGCCCAGGACUGUUGCUGCUUCCGCUUCUACAUUCUUUAACAACCAAUCUUCAUCUUCCCAUGCCCUAGAUGCCACUUUCAUCAAACGGGCUGCGGAGCUCGCUGAUAUGUCCGCCGGAUUCACUGCCCCUCACCCCAAUUUUGGGUGCGUAAUUGCCACUACCUGGGGCGGACGUGAAGCGGAUUCAACCGUGGGAGAGGGCUAUUUGUAUGCCGAGGGGACCACAACAGCUGAAGUGCAGGCAGUGGAAGCUGCGGGGGAGAAGUGCAGAGGCGCCACUGCUUAUCUAAAUAUGGAACCAGGCAACUCGGGUGGUGACGCGGCAGCAGUAACGGCUCUUAUCCAGGCAGGAAUUGCAAGAGUUGUUAUUGGGAUUCGUCAUCCUUUGCAACAUCUCCGGGGUAAUGCAAUUCAUGCACUGAGAAGUCAGGAUCUACAGGUUGAUGUGAUAGGGGAAGACCUACACAGCAAAUUUUUUGAGGAAGCUCAUAAAUCCUGCCUUAUCGUCAACGCGCCUUUGCUUUAUGGAGCUGCUUGUCAAGUUCCCUUUUCUGUCCUAAAGUAUGCAAUGACCCUUGAUGGAAAGAUCGCUGCCAGUAGUGGACAUGCAUCUUGGAUUAGCAGCAUAAAGUCAAGAAGUCGAGUUUUUGAAUUGCGAGGACGAAGUGAUGCUGUCAUUGUUGGAGGAAAUACUGUCCGUAAAGAUAAUCCACACUUGACUGCAAGGCAUGGAGGUGGCCAUGUACCCCAGAGAAUUGUGAUGUCUCAAACUCUAUGUCUUCCUGAAAAAGCCAAUCUUUGGGAUGUUGCUGAAGUACCAACUAUAGUUGUGACACAAAGAGGUGCUAGAAGAAGUUUUCAAAAAUUGCUCGCCUCCAAGGGCGUUGAAGUAGUUGAGUUUGACAUCCUAGACCCAAGAGAGGUUAUGGAGUACUUCUAUGGUCGCGGUUACCUUUCUGUAUUUUGGGAGUGUGGAGGAACAUUGGCUGCAUCUGCGAUUUCAUCUGGAGUCAUACACAAGGUGCAUGCAUUUGUUGCACCAAAAAUUAUAGGCGGAAAGAAUGCACCAACUCCAGUUAGCGAUCUUGGGAUGGUAGAGAUGACCCAGGCUUUGGAAUUGAUCGAUGUUUGCUAUGAAAAGAUUGGACCCGACAUGCUGGUUAGUGGAUUUCUUCAGCCAGUUCCAGACCUCACUCCUGUUAUUCCAUCUUUAGAAGAAACUUCUGAAAUCGAUCCUACCAUUUCUCCUUAUGAGUCAAGCAUCAUAUUCUUUUAUAAAACAUGGGAGCAAUAUGGUUUCUUUUCAAACUUCUCUAGCCACCCAAUUCAAAUGGCUGAUGAAACUGGAAAUAUGGUCACCUGGUCCAGUGUAGAACAUUAUUACCAGGCACAGAAAUUUACUGGGGUGGUUGAUCAUGUGGCUCAAAAGUGCAUUGAAGAUAUAAAAAAUGUAAAGAGCCCAGAGGAAGCUGCACGGAUGGGUAGGAGAUUACAGAGGCAACGACCUGAUCUGGUAAGAUCAGACUGGAAGUCCAUAAAGAUCGAUGUCAUGUACAAGGCUCUGAAUUGCAAGUUCACAACAUAUCCUCAUCUAAACUCUUUGCUGGUUGCAACAGCAGGAUCGGUUCUUGUAGAAGCUUCACCUCAUGAUCUCUUCUGGGGAGGAGGUCGGGAUGGAGAAGGUCUAAACUAUCUUGGCAGACUGCUUAUGCAGCUUAGAUCUGAGCUUUUAGACAACAGCUCAGCUUCACAUGAAAACUCAGUUGAUCAUCAUUGACCAGUUGUGUAAAAAAAACCUCAGGUACAUAUGUGCCUGAUGACUCAUCAAUCCUUGUCAUGCUCAUUUCGGAUUGAAGAAAAAAAUCUCGGCCAUUAUGAUGUAUUAUUUGAUCUCAAUCGACGAAAUUAAUAAACAAGUAAAUCCAUGUCUUUGUGCGUGUCUUUGACAUUGGUGAGCGCAUGUGUUGAGUUGUGUUGCGAUUGUCAUGGUUUUAAUAAAUCCAAGUAGUGUAUUUGUGGUCGAAA